AUGUCCUCAACAUCAGCAGUAGCCACUUCCCUGUUACCUCAAACACCGACUUCGCCCUCUUUCAUCAUCGACACAAAGAACAAGUCUUACAGACACCAGUACUCGAACAUGUACUUCACGAGACUUGCCAUGCUCAAGCAACCCGUCAUGGAUCGUGCAAGUGCAAAAUGGAAAGAUCUUCCCGGGAAACCCGUAUUCGUGCGGAGAGUCCUCGAUGUCGUAAAAUCACAGUUGUGCUGGAUUAUUGGCACCGUAUACAUGGAUAUGCCACUGAAGCCCAACGUUUUGGAGGACCUUGGUCGUGAUUAUUCUAUUCCCCCUCCCCCACCCCGCGAAAAAUUCCACUCCGAGGACGACGCUGUGAUGUUAGAAGAUGAAUCUGGUCGCGUCAAACUCGUCGGAGAGCGACUGCAUUCAACCCGUCUAGUCACAGGCGUCAUUAUUGCCGCACUUGGCAUGGAAACGGCCAGCGGCGACUUCGAGGUGGCUGACAUCUGUUACCCGGAACUUGCACCGUUUAAAGAAGCAAACCUUUCGGGUGACGAUGUCGAUAUCAUGGAUGUAGAUGGCUCUUCCUCAGCGAAGGACGAAUGUCUCGCUAUAGUAUCUGGCCUCUCAAUGGGUGACCCCUCAUCGGGCGAGGCUCAGGUUCAGAUGCUAGUAGAGUAUCUCGCUGGAGAGACAGGUGGACCAGAUGAUCAAAAGUUAGCAUCACAAGUGACACGCCUCAUCAUAGCUGGCAAUUUGUUUUCGCGGGUCUGGACAGACAACGGUGAUGAGGGCGACGAGAAUCGGCCUCGGAAGUAUGGCUCUGCUGCACAAGCAAAAUUCUCAACGCAUCCCAAUGUGACGCUGUCCGCACACCUUGAAGAUCUGGCGUCGGUACUACCUGUGCACGUCCUACCAGGUGGCGACGAUCCGGCAGGAGUAAUCUUGCCACAACAGCCUUUCCCUCUGGCAAUGUUUGGUAAAGCGGCCGAGUUCGAGACCUUUCGUUGUGAAACUAAUCCGGUCUGGCUGCGCGUCGAGUGUGGCCGCAAGUCCAAAAGCGCGAUGCCGAUGGGAACAAAAUCGUCUACGUCAAGCAGUCGUUCCGUUCCGUUGAUUCGCAGUGUACUGGUGACAUCUGGUCAACCAGUUUUGGAUAUGUAUCAAUAUCUCCCUUCUCCGCCGUCGACGCACCUCUCGAUCGCUUGCUCAUCUUUGAAAUGGAGACAUCUCGCACCAACCGCGCCAGAUACACUGUGGUGCCACCCUUUCCGUGAGAGGGACCCCUUCGUCCUUGGGGAAACGCCGGACCUCUACAUAGUUGGUUGUAUGCCGGAGUUCAGUACCCAACUGGUAGGGGGUGAAAGCAAGGACGGGAAGAUGUCAAGGAAGUGCAGAGUGGUUCUUGUGCCGAAUUUUUCAGAAACGGGGUGUCUGGUCCUAGUCAACCUGCGGACUUUGGCAGUACGCUGUGUUAACUUUACGGUGGCUGGGAUGGGCUGUUUUGUGAAACCUUCCGCAAGGAAAAAAGAAAGAGACGACCCGUAG